AUGACUCAACCCGAAACUGAGAAAAAACAACUUAUUUUAAAUGCCUUUGAAAUGGGUUGCAGUGGGCUUCAAUGUCCCGGUCUUUGGAAACAUCCAAAGGAUAACUCUAGAAAUUUCGAUACUGUGGAAUACUGGACUUAUUUAGCCAAGUUACUUGAAAAGGGUAAAUUCCAUGCCAUGUUUAUUGCUGAUGUCUUGGGUGCUUAUGAUGUUUACAACGGACCAAGAAACUUAACUGCAGCUGCUUCCAGUGGUGCCCAAUUCCCAGCCAUUGAACCUAGUGCCCUUGUGGGUGCUAUGGCCUCGGUUACUGAAAAGUUAAGUUUUGGUUGUACUUUUUCCACCAUCUCUGAAGCCCCAUAUCACUUGAAUAGAAGAUUGGCUACUUUAGACCAUUUGACUAAAGGUAGAAUUGGUUGGAAUGUUGUUAGUGGUUACUUGGAUAGUGCCGCCCGUAACUUAUUAAAUGGUGAAAGCUUACCUCCUCAUGAUGAACGUUACGACAGAGCUGAAGAAUAUAUCCAAGUUAUCUACAAAUUAUUCUUGAGUUCUUGGGCUGAUGAUGCUGUUGAAUUACGUGAUGAAAUUAACCAUGAAGGUAAGAAUUUCACUGUUCCUGGUCCUAGUAUUGUCCAUCCUUCUCCACAAAGAUUACCAGUUAUCUUACAGGCUGGUACUUCUAAGCUGGGUAAAGAAUUUGCUGCCAAGAAUGCCGAAGCUGUAUUCAUUACUACUUUCUCCCCUGAAGUUUUAGGUAAAAAUAUUGCUGAAAUCAAGAAAUUGGCCAAGGAGAAGUAUGGUCGUCCUGAAGGUUCUAUUAAAUUCGUGCAAUUAAUCACCCCAGUUAUUGGUGCCACUCACGAAGAAGCUGAAGCAAAAUACAAGGAAUUACAAAGUUAUGGUGAUAUUGAAGGUGCACAAGCUUUAUUCAGUGGUUGGACCGGUAUUGAUAUCAGUAAAUACAAUUAUGGUGAUGACAUUACCGAAACUGGUACCAAUGCAGUCAAAUCAUUCUUGGAACUUUGGAACAAGACGGCUCCUGGUGAACCUGAAAAU